GGAAAGGGAUGAUCCCACAACUUAGUAGUAGGUUUGGCUUCUGAAUCCACUCCUCAACCCAUCGAGGAGAUAACUCACCAGCCCACAGCAGAAUCACAGUAAGAGACAUAAUCACCUAGGUAGUUAGCAACCGCAAAGAUGAAGCUCAGCGAGCUCUUCCCCCACGCCAAAACCCCCCUCAUCAUCAGCGCUCCCAUGAUGGGCACCGCCAACGGCACCCUUGCAGCAGAAGUCUCCAAAGCAGGAGGACUGGGUGUAAUCCCAGGAGGUUUCGACUUCUCCCCCUCCUCCUCCCACCUAAAGGCACUCUCCCAAGAACUCAGCACCGCGCGAACCAUCCUCUCAAUCGGCUUCCUGCUCUUCUCACCCACCCUCUCCACCUCCUUCCUCACCACCGCCCUGCCCAUACUCCUAACCCACCGCCCUGCGGCAGUCUGGCUCUUCGCACCCCGGCCCGAGGAAAUAGCCUCAGGCGUUCUGACGGAUGUGAUUGCUGCGCUGAAGCGGGAAGGGUUUGUGGUGCUCUGGCAGGUCGGGACGGUGGCGGCGGCGCGCGAGGCCGUUGAUUGCGGCACCGACGUGCUGGUCGUCCAGGGCGCUGACGCCGGCGGGCAUCAGUUUGCUGCCUGUGGGGCCGGGGUUGUUUCGUUGGUUCCUGAGGUGGUUGAUAUGCUGCGGCGAGAGUUUGGUGAGGGUAAAGAUGUGCCUCCUGUUGUUGCGGCUGGUGGGAUUGUUGAUGGGCGAGGGGUAGCGGCGGCCAUGGCUCUUGGGGCGGAGGGGAUUGUGAUGGGGACCAGGUUCAUUGCGUCCAAAGAAGCCUGGGCCCCUGAAUGGCGACAGAAGAUUGUCAUCGAGACGGCAGACGGGGGGCCGUCGACGGUCAAGACCGCUGUUCUUGACGACAUCCAGGGCACUGGCGUCUGGCCUGAUGUGUACGACGGGCGGGCCAUCAUCGGCAAGUCCUGGGAAGAUCACGUAGCGGGCAUGCCUCUGGAGGAAAACAUUCGGCUGUUCAAGGAGGCAGACAGCGCAGGCGAUGUAUCACGGAAGAUCACAUGGGCAGGAACCGGGGUUGGCAUGGUCAAGGAGGUGCGUCCGGCGGGUGAUAUCGUCAGGGACGCAAGGGAGGAAGCCAUUCAGUUAGUCCGGAAGCUGCAGUCUGCAAUUUAG